CUAGAAAGUGCCUUGAGGGAAGCUUUCUUAUGUAGAAAAACCCUACGAGAAACACCGUGGGCUUUCUGGCAACUUGUGAAGCAAAGCUGUCAAAAUGGCAGAAAACAAGGACAGUAAUAUUAAAAACGCAGACGUGAGACCCAAAAGCAGCCGGAGCAGAAGUGCGGACAGAAAGGAUGGCUACGUCUGGAGCGGAAAGAAGCUCUCCUGGUCUAAAAAGAGUGAGCACUGUUCUGACGCCGAAACAGCAAGCGCUGCGGGAAGACCAGGGACUGAUUUAAGGAGCCAAGAGAGGAAGUACAGCUGCUCGUCUAUCGAGCUGGAUCUAGACCGUUCGUGCGGUCACAGGUUUUUAGGCCGGUCUCUCAAGCAGAAGCUGCAAGAUGCUGUGGGUCAGUGCUUUCCCAUAAAGAACUGUAGCAGUCGGCACGCUUCAGGACUGCCGUCAAAAAGAAAAAUUCAUAUCAGUGAGUUAAUGCUAGAUAAGUGUCCUUUCCCUCCGCGCUCGGAGCUAGCUUUUCGGUGGCACUUGAUCAAAAGACAUACAGCCCCUGUAAGUCCAAAAGCAGAAGACUGGAUAAUUGCUGAUUUAUCCCAGCGUGAGAAAGGAGAGGAUCAGCUGCGAGACGAUGAGAUUGCCAACGGAGGAACGGACUCUCCCUCCUCGUCCUGCGACUUCACCGACAGCGGUUCCUCCCGGGGUGAUUCGAGGUCCGAGUUGGUUACAGGCAAGGCGGUAAGGAGCAGUAAAGACGAGAGCGAUAUGGACUCCGACGAUGAAGUUGUAACACUCUGCACAAGUUCUAGGAAAAGAAACAAGCCCAAAUGGGAAACAGAUGAUGAGCUGCUACGGAUGGGAACGCCGCCGAAGUACCACACGCAGAUUGAUUAUGUCCACUGCCUAGUGCCAGACCUCCUCCAGAUCAAUAACAAUCCCUGCUACUGGGGAGUCAUGGAUAAAUACGCAGCCGAGGCGCUGCUAGAAGGAAAGCCAGAGGGAACAUUUUUAUUACGAGAUUCUGCCCAGGAAGACUAUUUGUUUUCUGUGAGCUUCAGGCGCUACAGUCGUUCCCUCCACGCGCGGAUAGAGCAGUGGAAUCACAACUUCAGCUUUGACGCCCAUGAUCCUUGUGUCUUCCACUCUCCUGACAUCACGGGACUCCUAGAGCACUACAAAGAUCCGAGUUCCUGUAUGUUCUUUGAACCACUUUUAUCCACUCCGCUGAACAGGACUUUUCCUUUUUCUCUUCAACACAUAUGUAGAACAGUUAUUUGCAACUGUACGACUUACGAUGGUAUCGACGCGCUUCCCGUUCCUCCAUCGGUGAAGCUGUAUCUGAAGGAAUAUCAUUAUAAGUCGAAAGUUAGAGUACUCAGGAUUGAUGUACCAGAGCAGCAGAGCUAGAAAAUAUUUUUAUGAAAGAAUGAAAUUGUCUCUAAACAAAUAGUAUGUUUGGUCUUUCUUCCUUCUAGGGUUUGGUUUUUUUUAAUAGCAAUUUUAUUUUCUUUUCCUUUUUCUGCAGAUUAUUUACUACCCAAACUAGCCUCUGUCUAAGGCUUUUUUAUCCAAAUGUACUUUGAGUCUUUCCAGCACUCUUUUUCAGAAGUGAUAUUCGUUGUGGGCUUUCGGUACUGUUCCCAAACUAGAGUUUUACGGAAUUUCAGGUAGGCUUUCUGGUAUUUCUAUAGAUGGAUAGUCUUUAGAUCUGAAAACUCCUAAAAAUCGGUUUUGAUCUGUCUUUUAUAUUGUAAUUUACAUAUGUUGCUGACAUGUUUGAAAUAAUUCACUGUUAACUAAAGAUUGACUCAUCUGUAUUUUCUGCAUUUCUUUUGAAAUGAGUGCUCUAGC